UGUAAGUAGGAAAGGGAAAGAAGAAUGUCCCUCAUUGGGCCUCUUCUUUUGGGCCCGUGCUUCCUAGAGUCAAACGUCAAGCUGGUAUUUCCUUGGUGCUAAGAGAGCAACCACCACUCUGAGGCAGAGACGGGAUGGGACCUAGCCAAAGUCCCAAUAAACAAACUGUAUCUUGUAAGCGCGAUUUAAUUAGGGUCAAACUACUCUGUAUGGACUUGCUUUUUCGACUUCUAAGGAUUUAGUAGUCAUGAUCAAGUGUUCCAGUCACGCUACUGCGGUCUACAAACAGUAGCUCCACAACAUCCGCCCGCAUCGUGGCAAAGAAUUACCAAGAAAUCCCCAAGGGGGCGGUGAGGCGCUACCGAGGAGCGGCCGGUCAGCCAGGUCGCGAGGUCCCAGUCUGGUGAAAAGCUCCGUUGCCCACCCUGAGGGGUUCGCGGAAGGAAGCUGGCAGUAUCGCUGCACCUUCGAGACGCUACGGCCGAGGCUCCUAGCUCAAGCUUCUGGCAGUAAGGCCUGUGUGCCUUGCAUUCGGGGAGGCCACUUCUCAGUCACCAGCUUCCUGGCCACCACUUGGGGGCGUCGUAGGGAUGUGGGCAGCUACGUUUGCCGCACGGCUCCGACUAAACUGAAAAACGAAUCCUCAAAUUUGACAAAAGUUAACUAAGAAGGCACUUUCCUCCUCUCACCCUGACGUCCCAAAAGUUUCCUUUUUAGGGGUCAGGGCCUACAGUGGGCGAGGAGAAACGAGGUAUCUACCCACUGCACCAAACAGUACUCGUACGUCACCGCCUUUCGACUUGGAGCUGACCAGUAUCCCGGCGUCCUCUCGGCCGACGCUGCGGUCUGAAGCCACUCUGGCCUGCAGCCGACGUCUCUAUGGUUCCGACCGAGGGGAGGAGGAGAGGGGCGGGGCCGCUGUUCGAGCUGCUGCUUGUUUGAACUCAGAGAACCCGGGGGUGCUGGAAAUGUAAACAAGAAUAGACUGUUCAUUCCUGAUGGCUUUUAGUCUAUACUAACAUAUUGUUUGUCAUGGCAUCUGAGACUGAAAAGACCCAUGCUUUACUGCAGACUUGUAGCACUGAAUCUCUUAUUUCCAGCCUUGGUCUGGGGGUAUUUUGCCUCAUAGCUGACAGACUUCUUCAGUUUUCUACAAUUCAGCAAAAUGACUGGCUUCGUGCUCUCUCAGAUAAUGCCGUACAUUGUGUAAUUGGCAUGUGGUCAUGGGCAGUAGUCAUUGGAAUAAAGAAGAAGACUGACUUCGGAGAAAUCAUUUUAGCUGGAUUUUUAGCCUCUGUUAUUGAUGUCGACCACUUUUUUCUAGCUGGAUCCAUGUCUUUAAAGGCUGCUUUGACUCUUCCGCGAAGACCUUUCCUUCACUGUUCUACUGUGAUACCUGUUGUAGUUCUGACCCUGAAAUUUACUAUGCACCUUUUCAAGCUCAAAGACUCAUGGUGCUUUCUUCCUUGGAUGUUAUUUAUAUCCUGGACUUCACACCAUAUCCGCGAUGGGAUUCGUCAUGGUUUGUGGAUAUGCCCAUUUGGAAAAACUUCUCCUUUGCCAUUCUGGCUUUAUGUAAUAAUCACAUCAUCUUUACCUCACAUCUGUUCAUUCGUUAUGUAUUUAACAGGAACCAGACAAAUGAUGUCUUCAAAACAUGGAGUUCGUAUUGACGUCUGAGGUCACCACACGGCAGUCUUACAGAAGCAAAUGGCUCAGAUGAUGAUAAUUAAGAGUAGCCAACAUUAAAGUUAAUUUUUAAAAACACAGUUAAGUGUUUAUAUUAUUUAAUUAUUCUAAUUCUGGAAUCCUCUUGCUCAGGAAGCAUGUACAACUUUUUUAAAAAUUAUACUUGUUAUUAUUGUACUUCUCUCUUCUAUGACAACUCUAGUACAAUAUUAGAGUUUCAUUUAUUCCACAAUAUGUUUUUAUUGUUUUUUUCUGUUUAUCUGGUUUUACUAGUAGUUCUGUUAGAGUAACAUCCUGUUCAUUUUCUGGAAAUAUACCUGGAAUUUAGUCCAUUUCCUAGUGAAAAACAGUUCAAAUUUUAGGGUAACUAAUUUGUAAAGAGUUAACAUUAUAUUUGGAUCCACAUUUUCUUGAGAUAUUGAAAUAGUGAAAUCGCCAAAUAAAUAUCAAUCAUUUAUACAAAUGUAUAGUUAAUGCUAACAUGUAUUUAUUUUCAUAUAUGUUGAUCCUGACUGAAAUUUAAUUUGCAGAAUGCUUUAUGAGUUAUGAUUGCUGGCAAAAUCUUCAGAGCACUUGUGACACAUCAUUAUAAUAUCCGGUAGCUAACAUUAGAUCUAGCUUAUUAUUUCAGAAGUUAAUUUAGGAAAUUAUUAAAACAUGUUGACUAUAGUAACACUUUACUGAAUUAGUAUUUUUUUAGUAUCUCUAGCCUAAAAUCUCAUGUGUUGUGUGUGUGUGU